AUGAAUACAGUUCCGUCACAAGGUCUAAGAGCAAGAGGGAGUACUGCCAGGCAUGCUGGAGCUUCUACUGCAAUUUUCCUCUUGUGGGUCGUAUUAAUUUUCACCCAGAUAAGUUUGUCUUUCGCUGCUGCUCAUCAUGAAGAUGCCGGAGGCCGGCUUUUUAGGUCUCCGCCGGGGAAAGAGAGGUUUUUCGAGACGCCGACGAAGACGUUGUUUCAUGCACCUUCGAGUACUACUAGUACUACUCCAUCUCAGGUUGUGGCAAAUAAUGGUGACCUGCGAGAGACUCUAUAUGGAGACGACAAGAGAAUAAUUCAUACAGGUCCAAAUCCUCUUCACAACUAG